AUGGAAUUGAUCGAGCUUAUACUUAUAAAUAAGUUGAAUGGUGUGAUAUUGAAGUACCCCCAUCAUGAUAACAUAGAUGGCUCCGUGUGUAUCACAGGACACCACCUUAUAUUAAGCUCAAGGAAAGAAGGAGUUCGAGAGCUAUGGCUUCUUCAUAAAAAUAUAGAUAGCAUAGAGAAAAAGGAGAAUAAAGUUAGUGGAGGCAUAGCCCAAGGCGGAUCCCUAUACUUAAAGUGCAAAGACCUCAGAAUAUUCCAAUUGGAUAUAAGUAAUUCAAUGGAACUCAAUCUUGUAGCACAGACAUUGGAAAACUUGUCUAAUCUACACAAUCCCAGUCUAUUUUAUCCAUUUUUUUACAUACAUAUGCAUCCGGUUAUGGAAAAUGGGUACACUCUGUAUAGUAUUGAGGGAGAAUUCACAAAAGUGCUUGCAACCGAGGAAUGGAGAAUAUCUCGCGUCAACCAACAUUACACUGCGGCUCGUGGUUAUGCCCAAGCCGUUGUUGUACCGAAGGGUGUAGAUGAUGAAACUUUGUUGGCAUCAGCAAGUUUUAGACAGGGUGGUCGCUUUCCCGUACUCUCAUAUAGACAUAAUAAUGGGGCAGUGUUAUUACGCGCUGGGCAACCUCUUUAUGGUCCAAAACAUAGACGAUGCAAACCGGAUGAAAUUAUUCUGAACUCUGUGGUCAAUGUCGGGAUGAAGGGUGUAAUCUAUGAUUUGAGAAGCUCUAAUUCAAUAUCACAACAACAAAAUAAAGGUGGCGGAACAGAGAGUGCUGCAAAUUAUUCCCAAUGGAGGAUUUACAACCGAUCCAUGGAUGACGUGGACAAUCAGCAACAGUUAUUGGAGAGUUUCGCCAAAUUGAUUGACGCGUGUGUGGACAAGGAGAUUUCUUGCGACAAAUGGCUCUCGCGGCUCGAGUCAUCCGGUUGGUCCGAGUCAGUACGCAACUCGCUUCACACCGCUUGCAUUAUUGCUCAACAUAUACACCACAAAGGGGAACCGGUUUUAAUACAUGGGACUGGUGGCGAAGAUGCCACGCUACUGGUAUGCUCGCUGGUGCAAAUCAUACUCAAUCCCGAUUGCAGAACCAUACGGGGGUUACAAGCGUUAAUAGAGCGAGAGUGGCUACAAGCCGGUCAUCCGUUUGGCACGCGUCUCCGUUGCGGCCCGUACUCCAGUCAAGCCAGAGCGGCGCCCACCUUCCCCCUCUUCCUGGACUGCGUCAGGCAGUUCCUGGAGCAGUUUCCCUGCAGCUUCGAGUACCGCCAGUCGUUCCUCAUCACGUUGUUCGAACAUGCCUACGCGAGCCAGUUUGGAACCUUUUUGUGCGACAAUGACCAAGAGCGCACAACUAGAGAUGUGUAUUCGCAGACAACCAGUCUAUGGUCAUGGGUGAACCAACCAGAUGAGCUCUGCGCUUAUAUAAACCCACUUUACGAUCCCACGCCCAAUGUCAUCUGGCCAUCCGUUGCGCCCAUGAGCUAUGUUAUAUGGGAAGAGUUGUAUCUCCGCUGGCUAGUCCCUCAGCGCACAGAGGAACGGGAGGAGCAGUACAAAGUGAUUCGUACACGAGAACAGCAUCUGCGCUCCCAAGCGCAGCAGCUGCGCAGGGAACUGCUGGAUCUGGCGCAGCAGUACUACAAGACUAAUGUCUUGGAGAAAUAA